AUGCUGAAUGCCUCUUCCUUAAAUAGACUCAGCCAGCUGCAACGUUUGCAGCUGAGCUCUUUUGCUGGUGUGUUGCCCAUAAAAGAUCUCUCAAAGCUCAAGUACCUGCGUGAGUUAAUCUUGGUUUCCAAUGAAUUUAGUGGAGGAAUUCCUGAGGAGGUGGGUUUGCUCUCUUCCCUUCAGAAACUUGAUCUAAGGAAUCAGCAUCAAGGACCCAUCCCGGCAUCCAUUGGUGGCCUAACAUUUUUGGUUGAGCUGCGUUUGUCCCGUCUCAAUGUUCUACAACUAGAUGGGAAUCAACUUUCCGGUAGCAUACCAGAAUCUCUUGGCAGCCUAUUAUCAUUGGAAUGGCUUGACCUCGGCGAAAAUAAACUUGAAGGGAGCAUACCAUCAACUCUGAUUAACUUGUCCCGUCUCAAUGUUCUACAACUAUAUGGGAAUCAACUUUCCGGUAGCAUACCGGAAUCUCUUGGCAGUCUAUUAUCAUUGGAACAGCUUGACAUCGGCGAAAAUAACUUGAAGGGAGCAUACCAUCAACUCUGGGUAACUUGUCCCGUCUCAAUGAUCUACUACUAUAUGGGAAUCAACUUUCCGGUAGCAUACCAGAAUCUCUUGGCAGCCUAUUAUCAUUGGAAUUGCUUGACCUCGGCAACAAUAAACUUGAAGGGAGCAUACCGUUGUCUAUUGCCAACCUCACCCUCCUUUACUCUUUGAGUGGUCUUCUUCUCAAUGAUAAUGACUUGUCAGGUGAUUUCUCCUUCACAUUCUUUGCAAACGUUUCUAGCCUCAAAUAUGCCCACCUCUCUGCAAACCCUAAGCUAACCAUUUCCCACAACAACUUUACGCCUGCUUUCCCGCUUCAUUGUCUCAAUUUGUCAUCGUGUGACAUGAGAAGGUGCGACUUAAGUUCUCCAGGCUUUCUAUCGACUCAAAACCAGUUAGUCACUGUCGAUCUCUCAAAGAGCAACAUUUUUGGGAAUAUCCCCUCCUGGUUACUCGAAAACACUGGAGAAUUGUUGUUGGAUGGGAAGUUGCUCACAGGAGUACAAUUUUUGCCUAACAUAUCUUACGAUCUCAAUAAUUUGGAUAUCUCUAACAACCCAAUCAGUAGGAAUUUCCCAAAAAAUUUCUCUAUUUAUUUUCCAAAUUUGCAAUCACUUAAAAUGUCCCAGAAUUUCCUUAAUGAUGACAUAAUGUUUUACAUCAAUGUUUUACAUCAAUGGCUUUAAGGGAUUGGCAACAACAUCUCAGGAAAUUUGCCUUCCAUUUUCCCCUAUAAGCUCACAAUUUUGGACUUAUCAAACAAUAAAAUCACUGGAGAAAUACCCCCCAAUUUGACCAGAGGACAUGACCUCAUGUUUUUGAACCUGUCUAAGAACUCCUUGAAUGGACCCUUGCAAUCCAAACACUUCAAAUUACCAAAUUUGGUAUCACUCCAUCUAGAUAACAAUGCAUUCAAUGGAACCAAUCCGAGGAACCUGUUGUUGUUUAGUCCAAAUCUAACUCUUUUAAUUCUUGCAAAUAAUGAGAUAUCUGGUCCCAUGCCAAUUGAAUUAUUUGGGCUUUUGGAAUUGGAAGUGCUAUUGUUGAGAGGCAAUUUUUUCGAUCAUAUUCCACUCAAAUUGUGUCAAGUAAAAAGUUUGGCCGUCUUGGAUUUUUCCCAAAACAACCUUGAAGGUCCCAUACCUCCUUGCUUCAAUAAUUUUUCUGCAUGGACAAAUGCAUCCUUUAUUGGUUCCAUUUCAUCUCGUUAUAAUCCAUUUUUGACCUUUUCUAUCAAACUUGGUUCCGGGGCCCGAAUAGAUCAUAAGCUUUGCACAAUCUCACAAGAGAAGGUGGAAUUUACAAAGGGAAAUACAUAUAGUUAUCUCGAGGAUGCUCUUAAGUACAUGACCGGUUUGGAUUUGUCGGAAAACAAAUUAAGUGGCCCUAUUCCAUUAGACAUGGGGCUUUCAAAAGAACUUGCCAUGUUGAAUCUCUCCAACAAUCUUCUAACAGGUCCAAUUCCCAAAUCCUUUUGAGGGUUAUUGGGUCUCUCAACAUUAGAUCUUUCUUACAAUGCACUCUCUGGUGAAUUUCCUUCUCAAUUAACAAGACUAACCAAUUUGUCCAUCUUUUCUGUUGCAAAUAAUAAUCUAUCCGGUGAGAUACCAGACACAACACAAUUCUGUACUUUCAAUGAGAGUUCUUUUAGUGGAAAGCCAAACAUGAAUACAGAAGGAAAGAGGUGUUCGACAACUCUGUCAUCAAAUGUGCCAACUGCAUUGAGAGAUAAUGAUGGUGAAGAUGAAGAUGAAGAUGAAGGAUAGGAAGGGUGGGUAGAGAUGACACCUGCGUUCUAUGCUUUCAUUGCCUUGGGUUAUGCUAUGGGGAGCACUAGCCUUUCUUCUUUUUGGCAACAAGAGAGGACAUACUUGUGAGAGGGCCAUGGACACAGUAGUCUCCCGACUUUUUCGUGCAUUUUGCCAUAAACAUUAGAGUCAUUCGACUUCUUCUCCUGUUCACACACAAUAAUCCAAUGGGCAACAAUGUUACCAUGUGGCACAAUUACUCUAUUGUAGGGUAGUAAGAUAUGUAAAGGUUCGGUCAAACGGUCGUUUUUUAUUCAUUUCCAAAUUGCCUA